AUGUCGAGAAACAAGCCAUUAAAGGUUGCAGAGGAAGAACAACCAUGCUUGGGUCAUGUAGACCAAGUCCCUUAUAUGGUUGACACUGCUGGGUGGUUGGAGAGGACAAAAGAGAAAGGCCCUGCUUCAUUGAGCAUUAUGCAAACCAGGAAAAAUCUUUUGAGGGCUCAUGUAAUUGCAUUGGUUCUUGAUGGAGAGGAGGUUGCAAAAACCAAGAAGAGCAUGAAGCAUGCCGAAAUAGUUUUAGCUAGACAGGCAGUGGAAGAAGGACGUGGUUUGAUAGUAACCGUAAACAAAAUGGAUCUUUUGAAAGGAAAACAGAAGUCUAAGUUAUAUGAAGACUUCAUUAAAGCUGUUCCUGAAGAGAUUCAGAAACUUAUACCGCAGGCUGCACAGCCAAAGGUCAAGUACUUCACACAAGUGAAGGCUCGACCACCAACAUUUGUUGCCUUUGUGAAGGGGAAAACAGUGCUGUCAGAUACGGAAAUACAGUUUUUGACAAAAUCUUUGAAAGAAGACUUUGAUAUGGGCGGGAUCCCAAUUCGUAUCUUGCAGCGCUCUCUAAGUAGGCACGACACAACCUCCAAGAGCACCCCUGCUAAACUUAGCCAUACAGGAAAAUUGGUUGAAAGAGCAUCUUCAGAUAAGCGGAGUGUUAAACUGAGGUUAUGA